ACAGUUUCAGCUCAGGAUCUGACACAGCUAACAAAAAAGUAGAAUGCCUCGCAGAGGUAGGGGAAGGGGUUCGGGAAGGGGUCACUGGAGAGGAAGAGGCAGAGGAAGGUCGGGCCCUCCCCCUUCUGGAGCCCCAAAUGAGGAUCCAAAUGAAAUGUGUAUGGAGGUCUCGGAAGCUCAGGCCGAGAUGAGUCAGACAGACGACCCCUCAUUAGAAGGGGAGACAGCGGGGGAACCAGAGGAGGGUACAGAGAAGGAGGGGAGCCAGGAGGGGGAACCAGAAGGAGUUUUCUUUAGAGAGGGGGAUGUGGGCAUCACAGAAUACAUCAGUUCAUCUCCUGGAUUUAAUGCCAUCAUCAAACAAAGGUAUUCAGACUUCAUAGUGAAUGAAAUAGAUGAGGAAGGAAAGAUAGUGAAACUGACCAACAUAGAGGUGGACCAAUCCCUGAUAGAGACUGACACAGAGGAAGAUUUAGAGGGAGUUCUUUCCCCUGAACAGAAAGAGAUUCUGGAUGACUUCAAUGCAAACCCAAUACAUGAGAGGACAGUUGAUAUCUGUGCCCCAGAGGAUAAAGAACUGAGAGUCAAAAUACACCAGAUUGUGAAAAAGAACUACAAAAAACUUCAGUCAGAUACUUUAUUUGAAGACGAUGUAAGAUUUAUACAAAUCACAGCUAAAGGAUCGAAUAGAGGGGGCUCUGGCCAAUAUUUUCGCCAGAAUUAUAUGCAAAACCCCUGGCCCCCUGGGUGUGGAAACUACUGCCGAUUUGUCCUGUAUAAAGAAAACAUGGAUACGAUGGAAGCUAUCAACAAGAUGACUAAGCUCUUUCACAUUAAUAAGAACAUGUUCCAGUUCGCGGGUACCAAGGACAAGAGAGCAAUUACAUCACAAGAAAUGACUGCAUACAGGGUGAGGGCUGAGAAGCUAGUGGGCGGAAAUCGUAGCUUUCAUAAGAUGGCUCUCGGCAACUUCAGAUAUGUGGACCAGCCUCUGAAAUUAGGUCAACUAGGGGGCAACAGGUUCACUAUUGUACUCAGGAGUGUGUCAGGGAGUGAGGAGACCGUACAGACUGCCCUGGAAUCCUUAAAGACUAACGGAUUCAUUAAUUACUUUGGGAUGCAGAGAUUCGGCACCACCACCAUACCCACCUACAGGGUGGGAAAAGAGUUACUGAAAGGCAAUUACAAAGAAGCAGGAGAACUCAUAUUGCAGCCCAGAUCAGGGGAGAGAGAGUUUAUCUCGGAGUGUAGAAAGAAUUGGUGGAAGGAUAAGAACUGUGUACAGAUGCUGAAAACUUUACCACGGAGAUACGCAAUAGAGAGAUCACUCUUAGAGGGCCUCAUCAAAUUCGGAGAAAAUAACUACGCCAAUGCCUUCCAAAUGGUUCACAGAAAUACUCGUAUGCUGUAUCUUCAUGGUUAUCAAAGUUAUAUAUGGAACCAUAUUGCUUCACGUCGUCUGAAGGAGUUUGGCAUGUUGCCAAUAGUUGGUGACCUAGUUUUCAGGGGUGACUUAAAGGAUGUGGCCUUCAAAGAGGAAAACCAAGAAUCCUCUACUAAUGGAGGUAACACCAGUUCUAGGGUAACCCCAACCCUAGUGACCAAGGACAAUUUAUCUCAGUACACCAUACAGGAUGUUUUAUUACCCUUACCAGGGUUUGACAUCAAGUACCCAGAUAAUGAAGUGGGUAAAUGGUAUACCGAUUUCUUGGAAGCAGAUGGGCUGACAUUGGAAGGACUUAAACACCCAAAUAAGCAGUAUGCAUUACCAGGUGCCUACAGAAGACUACUGUUAGUUCCAAGUGAUUUAAAAUGGAAAAUGUACAAAUACACAGAUGUCACCAAGGAGCUGACCUUGAGUGACCUUGACCUCAUUAAACAAAAACCUGAGCCUGUUUCAGAACCAGAUGGUAUUUCAAAUGCAUUGAAAAUUGAAAUGUCUCUUCCACAAUCCUGUUAUGCUACUAUGGCCCUUCGUGAAGUUCUUAAAAUAGACACUUCUGCCGCAUUCCAGUCUACGCUGAAUCAGAAGGCCAGAUCACAUGACCACUGCUGCCAAGGAGACUCAGAGUAAACAACAGGCCAAUCUAUCUCAGUGAAAUCCAUUAUUUUCAUGUUAAAAAAGACUUGAAAUAUCUACAUUCUCCUGAUAAGAAAACAUGGGACAUUUAUUAAACGUGUUAGUAAGAAAUGUAAAUUUUACAGUGCUAUUUUAAGCUGGUAGACGUUGAACUUCCUUUAAAAGCAUGGUGAAUAAAAAAAAUCUCAAUUGCCCAUAAAUCUGAGCUGUUUUUGCACAUACUGACAUAGUUACAUGACCCGAGAGAUUUAAACUGCAUUUUUUGAAUUCAAAUUUCAUCAACAAAUAAUUAGUAACAAUUUCUAAUGUCAGUUCCCUUGUAUAUUAAAAUAUGCAAUAACAUCAAUGUUGAUAUUAUUAUUCAUUGUGU